UCUUUGAGUCCAGAACCUGACAGCAAAUUAGAUGCUUCUCAUUUGACUUCCCAUUUUUUGGAUCAAACUGGACCUGAAACUAUCCAUUCCUCUAAAGAAAGGUUUCUGAAUCAGAACGUUAAGGAUGCUUUGACAGACUAUUAUAGAAGCCAACGCUUAGAUUUAUUGGAUCUUCCUGAUAGUGCAUUGAAGAUUCAAGCUAGUCAGACCUUUCUUAAUACUGACUCGAGGGGACUCAAUAAUAUUUUGGACACUGGCGCUCCCUCUUCGCCUUUAAAUGAUGUUAUCAGUCAAGCAAUCACUCACGAAAUAAGUGCUUCAGGUAUCCGAUCAGCUGACGUUCCUUUACUCCCGACAUCGCUGGCACUGCUGACCUCUGCAAGAUUAACUUCUCCUUUACCAACUCUGCGUGCUGUAUCAUCUUUUAAGACCCAUCCUUCCCCGAAAUUUUUAGAAGUUUCAAAUCAGACUAGCUGUCAUGAUCGAUCUCGUCUUCCAAAAUUUCGAUCCGUUUCCCCCUUACAGCCUGAUCAUACAUUGAUGCAUGAUAUACUGGUUGUCCAACCUGAGCACCUGAAAGUCAACCAGCAUGCUGGGUCUGUUGAGCCAUCUUCUCUAGGCCAAGAUCAUUCAUCUGGGUCUUCUCAUUGGAUCAUCGAUUCGCCAUCGGUCGUUCUAGAGAUUUUCGAUUCAAUCCCCACAGAUACUUGUGUGCAGGACGAUUCAUCAUCUCAGCAUCCUUUGAGGUCAAGUUUUGACACUCUUAAUAAGCCUUCGUUUGGGCUUGAGAAAGGUAUUUAG